GUCCCGUCUUGGCUUUGACCGUGUACCCUUUCACAGAGUGUAUGCCCUUUUGAUUACACAAUUGUGCACGUCCGGCCUCCUUUUAAAUCUCUGGGGAUUUUGGCACUAGUCCGGUUGGGGUGAUAACAAGGGCUAGCGACGAGACCUCACCUUCAUCUGCUAACACGUACAUACAAGCGGAUAUUUAGAAAGCCGAUUAGCGCGCGACAGCUCGCAGCUGGCGCCGGACGUCCUUCUAGACUUGGCGCAGAAGCUUGGCUUUUUUGUGGUAGCAUGAUAGCAUGACUUGUUAAGUAGUACCUUGCAGCAACUUCUUGGAGAAUGUGCGAGCAGCUGCGCUUUGCGGAGGAGUCGGGGGCCUUCUUCCCUUUCCCUACGCUCGACGACCUCGGUGGCUCGCUUCCGACACGCUUUCUGCAGCUCUGCCACGAGGGCUUGGGAGUCGAUGCUGCCGUGCCGCUUCUUCGGCGUUGGCUUGCGCAGCCCAGGUCGCCAUUGCCCCUCUCGGCUGCGCACAAGCUCUGGCUGACCAUCCGCGACGAGCCAGGAAGCCUACUGCUCGUGCAGCUAAGCUCGCAGCUGCUGCAGCAGCUGCAGGGCCGGCUAGCAGACGCGAGUAUGGCAUGGAGGACUGCGGCUGGAAGCACGCAACAGCAGCAAUGGGCCGGCGCGUUCCCACCUGAUGCCUCAGGCGGCUCAGACUCGCACGCGGAGCGCGAUGGACACGAGGUGGACGAGGAGGGCGGCGAAGAGAGCCCGGAGGCAGAGGCUGCUCAGACGCGACUGGUCAGGUCCCGGCUGCCGCUGCAGCACCGGGUCCAGCAGGCGGCGCUGGCAGCUCGCGCAGUGCGCGAGGCUGCCAAGGUCACAGCCUACCUUUCUGGGCACCUCCUGCUACUGGCAGGAGCGGCUGGCCCCAACAAGCCCCCAGGCGCCAGUCGGCCAUCUGGGUCAGGGGCCGCAUGUGGGUCCGGCAGCGAUGACGAAGAUGAUGAGGAAAGCGACGCUUAUGACGAUGAUUCGGGUGGCGGAGGCCGGCACCGCAAGCGGGAUGGCAGCAGCAGGCGGCGCGGCAGCGGCGCAGGCCGCAGCCGAGGGCGCGGGCUCAUCUGCAGUGCAGGAAGGGGGCAAGAUGCACGGGGUCGGGGUCAGGCCCAGGGCCGGGGUGCAGCAGGAAGCAGCGGUGGCGCUGGUCUGACGCGGCCUGUGGGCCCGCACAGCAGCGGGGAAUGGGCGGGGGCGCUGGCGGCUGCGGCAGCAUGCCUGGACGAUGUGGGUCGGCUGGUGUGGGCCGGCGUGCGCAUGGAAAUGCAGCCUGUGGGAGAGGGCGAGGGUGAGGGCGCUAGAGCAGAUGAGGCGACAAUGACGGCGACUGCUGAGCGGGCGGCGGUGGUGCGGCUCACGUUCGAGUCGGCCAUCGAGGCGCGAGCCCUGGAGCAGAUGCUUCUACAGCCGCUGCUGAUGUGGGGCGCGCGGCUGCCUGCUAAGCCGCCGGCAGCUCAACGGGUGGCAUGGGCGCCGCUGCGGGUGCACCUGGCAGGCCUGCUCUGCAGUGCCGCUACCGCCGGACCCGUUCAAAUGCCGCUGGAUGGCAGCAACGGCACCAAUGCUGGCGGAGGUCUCGGCGCCAGCUUGGGUGCACUUUGCACCUGCAGCUUUCAAACCAUCAUAUUGGAGCUGGCGGCCGCCGCACGCGCCGCCGCCGCUACCUCGGCGGGAAACGGCGCCGCAGGCGUGGGGGCCGCAGGGCGUGGGCGGGGCGGGGCCGCCGCCGGCAGUGCAGGUGCGAGCGGCGGCCCUGCUGUCCUAACGGCCGCUGCCGCGGCGGCUGCCGCCGCCGCAAACCUGGGCUCGUUGGUCACAGAGGCCCUGCUCCUGGCCUUUGACCGGGACCCAGACAGCGGUCCGGCCGGGCUGCGGCUGCUGCUCAGCGCGGCCUGUGCCGGCGCGGACCUGCUGCCGUGGUUAGCGUCAGUUAGCGGCGGCGGCGGUGGUGAUGUUGCAGCUGGCGCAGCUAAGGCGACAGUCGCUGGCGGCAGGGGCGGCAGCAGGAAGCGCGCACGCCCCGCUGCAGGUGGCGGUGCAGGAUCAGGCGGUGCUGUGGCGAAUGGAGGAGCAGGUUUGGGUGAUGGCGGCAUGUGUGGCGGCACACCCGCGCAGCGCGCGCUGCUGGCGGAGGUGCUGCCCCAGAGCGUGUGCGCUGCGGUGCUGCAGCUGCAGUCCCCGGUGGUAGCCACCGCCGUCCUGAGUGCGCUGGCCCCGAGCUUUGGUGCAAUGUCUGCGGCAGGCCGCAAGGCGCUGCUGGACGCGUGCGUGGCAGCGGUGGCCGCAGGCGCCGUGGCGGAGGCAGACGGCGUGGCCGUGCCCAGGCCCGAUGUGGAUGGCGGCACGCCGGAAUGCGUGUGGGCCGGCUGGGCGGUGCUGUCCAGCGGCUGCUGUGACGGCGACGCUAACGUGCGAGUCUACGCCCUCGCCCGCAUGGCAUCCAGCCUGCCCGCCCUCGGUGCCGGCCUGGUUGCCUCGAGUGCUGCUGGCCAGCGGGCCGGGCAGCAGCAACACCCGGAGCAGCACUCGGAGCAGCAGCCGGAGCUGCAGCAGCAGCAGCACGUCGAGGAGGUGGUCAUGUGCCUGCUGGUGCCGACCCUGCGCGCCCGCCUGCUGGACCGCACGCGCUCCGUCCGCACGCGGGCGCUGCAGCUGCUGCUCGAGCUGCUACAGCUGCUGCGGCAGCCGCGCCCGGCGGCGGCAGCCGUGGAGGGUGGAAGUGCUCGACUGGGUGCUGCCGUGGCGCGCGAGGUGUUUGGCGAGGUGUGCGCGCUGCUGGACGCGGGGCACGACUCGGCGCUGCGAGACGACAGCAAUGCGCAGGUCCUGCAGCAGGUGGUGGGGGCGCUGUCGUCAGCCCUCAGCGCGCCUGACCUGCUGCGGCUGGUGCUGGAGGAGGGAGAGGCGCACGGGGAGGAUCAGCAACCCCCGGAGCAGCACUUGGAGCAGCAGCCGGAGUUGCAGCAGCAGCAGCACGUCGAGGAGGUGGUCAUGUGCCUGCUGGUGCCGACCCUGCGCGCCCGCCUGUUGGACCGCACGCGUUCCGUCCGCACGGGGGCGCUGCAGCUGCUGCUCGAGCUGCUACAGUUGUUGGGGCAGCCGCCCCCGGGGGCGGCAGCCGUGGAGGGUGGAAGUGCUCGACUGGGUGCUCCCGUGGCCCCCGAGGUUUUUGGCGAGGUGUGCGCGCUUCUGGACGCGGGGCACGAUUUGGCGUUGGGAGACGACAGCAAUGCGCAGGUCCUGCAGCAGGUGGUGGGGGCGCUGUCGUCAGCCCUCAGCGCGCCUGACCUGCUGCGGCUGGUGCUGGAGGAGGGAGAGGCGCACGGGGAGGAUGUUGGGGGAGGGCUGGGGGAGGAGGUGGAGGUCCGCACAGGCGCCGCGGGCUGCAGCAGUGGCACGGCACGGCACGGCCCCGUCGCCAUCAGCCCCCGCACGCGCCGCCUGCUGCUGUCGGGUGUGCAGCUGCCGGCGAAGCCUGGCGCGCCUGCGUCUCCGGAGGAGGAGCCCGAGACAGAGCUUUACAACAUUGUGGUACGGCAGUUGAUGCCGCGACAGCGUCCAUCCCGGCAACAGCAGCAGGAGGGGCAGGCUCUGCAGCAGGAGGGCGGCUGGCGGCCGAGCCAGGAGGAGGAGCUGGCUGCGGCGGCGGCGCGAGAGCAUCGGCUGGGUGAGGCGCUGGGCGGCACGCAGCUGCAUGCGGUGCUGUGGCGGCACAGCAUGCGGCAGCUGGUGCUGGCGCUGGGGCAACAGCAGCAGCGAGGCUGGCCGGGACAGGGCGAGGAGCCCGCUGCGGGACGCUGCUCGGGGAGCUGGGUGGCACGUGCGGAAGCCGCGCUCCGAGUGCUGUGCUGCCUGCAGCCCUGCGGCGGCGUCCCAAUCGCCAGCAUGACGCUGGCCAGCGGCGGACCCGGAGCCAGCGGCGGCGCGGGCGGCCACGGCGGCGGCAACUCGUGGCCGCGCCUUGGCACGGCUGUCGGGCGGUCUGGCGGCGGGCCAGGCGUACCGGGUCGCAGCGACGUGUCAGCGGCUGCCGCAGAUGAGCGGGACGGAGCUGACGGCGCUCGCGGGGAGGUGCUGCUCGUGCUGCGGGUGCUGGCAACAGUUCUCGCCGCCGUGUCUUCAGCAUCGCCGCCCCAUGGCGGCAGCGGAGCGGGGCGCAGCGAUUGUGACAUGCGGCGCAGCGAGUUCUCUGCCUCCUGCCACAGCUGCCUGGCGUGCGGCUUCCGGCUGCUUGCCGCUGCGCUGCCGGAGCCGGGCUGCAGACCUCGCCCCGGCAGCCCCGGUGCUGGCGUGUCAGCUGCAGCGGCGGCGGCGGCGGCGGCCCCGUUGCAGCCAUCACUUGCGCCAGCAGCAGUAGCAGCAGCGGCGGGCCGGAAGAAGGGCCAUGUGCGCUUCGCCGACGACAAGGGCACGGCCAGUGCGACUGCGGCAGUGCAGCACCGGGGCCGGCGCGAGUGCUGCCUGGCCGUGUUGGAUGACAGCGGUGCCGACCGCACACGCGGAGCCGGAGGCAGCAGCGGCGGUGACGGCAGCAGCACGGGGAACAGCGGCGCCGCGGGUGGCGGCCCUGCACUCAGCGAGCUGCUACUGCGCUUCCUGGACAGGUCGGCUCAGCAGCUGCGGUCGGCUGCCACAGCGGUGGGCGCUGCCGGACUGCCUGCAGAUGCCGUUGCCACCACCGAAUCAUUGGGCGCCUUGGAGGCGCUUGAGGCGGCGUACGGGACUCUGGCCAAGUGCCCUGGGGCCACGCCGGUGUUCAGCCGCCACCUUCGCCUGGCGCGGGCCUCCCUGAUACAGCAGCGGCAGCAGCAGCCGCAGCAGCAGCGGCCCUCGUGCCAGCAGCAUCCCCGGCAGCCCCCGGCAGAGCACCAGCCUGCAGCAGACGGGCACGGCGGGCAUGGGCUGCCACCCGGGUCCCCGGCGGACCCUCCCACCGCACAAACACCCGCGCCACGGCUAAUACCAGCGCCACCGACAGCACCAAUACCGACAGCGCCAGCACCAGUGGGCAGCUGGGGGCCGCUGCGCUGCUACCUGCUGCUGCUGACCCACAUGGCCCGGCUUUACGAGUACGAGCGGCACGACAUCGCGGCACGCUUGGCGGAGGCGCGCCGCGGCCACGGCGGCAGCGGAGACGGAGGCGGAGGCUGGGGGCUGCGGGGCGGCAGCAGCAGCAGCAGCUCGGGGCAGGGAGGUCGGGGCGCCAGUGCCGUAGAGGCAGUUGCAGCGGCAGGGGAACAGGCGGAGGGAGCAGGACAUGGGAUGGACGUGGACGGUGCGGCAGGCGCUGCGGCUGGAGCCGACGGCGGACGCUCUGGCGGCGCUGGCGACCUGCCGGCUGCUGCUGGCAGUGUUGGAGCAGCCGGAGCCGGAGGCGAGGGUGGAGGCGGAGGCGGGGGCGACUACAUGCGGGAGGCGGAGGAGGAGCGCGCCAGUCGUGGCGUGGCCCAGCGGCUGCUGGAGCGGCUGAUGGCCGAGUCGGCGCCCGCCAGCCACACGCGAGUGCUGCUAGGGAUGCUGGGGCUGGGGAACCAGCGGGAGGAGCAGGCGCUGGGGGUGGGGCUGGAGCGAGCGGUAGGGCCGGCGGCCGGCGGCCAGGUGGCGGCUGGGGGUCGCGGCGCUGUGCCGGCAGAAGUCCAGGUGCAGGCGAUGCGGGCCCUGGGCAGCCUCCUGGUGUUGUCUGACUCGCUGGCGGAGCUGCACACGGCGGCGGCCGUGGCGGCACCGCUGGCGGACUGGCGGCGGCGGCCAGCGGGGCUGGUGGCGGCAGCGGCGGCGGUGGCGGCUGACCUGGUACUGCGUGACCCCAACCGACACCGGCCGCUGGUGGGACUGCUGGAGACAGUCAUUGAGGACCUGCUGCUGGCUGCUACAGCCACAGCUACUGUCACUGCUACUGCCGCGCCUACCUCUACUGCUGAUGCUUCGGCAGAGGUGGCUGGCAGUAGCAAGGACUCAGGGAAAGAUGUUGCGGCCACGGCUGCGGCGGGCCUGGCAGCUGCGGCGGUGCUACUGCCGCCGCUGGUCAACAGCUACUGCCGCCUGCUGGCCACAGGGCGGCUGCAGUGGUCCGCAGCCAGCUACCGCACACUGGCGCGCUGCCUGCUGCCCCCGCCGCGGCUGCCGCGCAGGCACUUGGUCGCGCAUCCAGUGGCUGCACUGCUGCUGCUUGCUACGGGCCAGGCCCCGUCCGCAGCUUCCACUGCAGCUAGGGGAGGAUCGCUGUCGCAGGCAGACGGCGGCGGCGAAGGCGACGGCGCCGCCGGCAGUGGCAGCGGAUGGGGUGGUGGCACGGGACGGCGUGUGUCGGUGGCUCUAGGGCUGCUGCGCAAUUGCCCGCCGCCACUGCAGGUGCAGCUGGUGGUGGAGGUGCUACUGCCGUCCGCCGCAGCUUUGGGCGGCAGUAGCAACCGCGUCGCUGGUGGGGGUAGCAGCACCGGUGAUGGCGGCAGGGGCGGCGCGGGCAGGAUCGAGCAGCGGCUACUGCCGCCGCUGCUACUGCCGCCGCUGCUGCGGCCUGCGGACCUGCACAGUGACGACCUGGCGCUGCCCGCCAUCCAGGCUGUGUGCUCUGGUGCCGGCGUAGCUGCGCCAGCGGGCAACGGCGGCGAAGCCGAGGCGGCCGUGCCCACAGCUGCUGCUGCCGCGGGCUCUGCCGCGGCGCUGGUAUUGCUGGCCGAGAUGACGCCCUCAGCCCGCGCGCUGAGCGCGGCCCUGCUGCAACUGCAGGCGGCCCAGCGUGACCCCUGGGUGCUGGCGGCGUUCACGCCCCACACGGUACACGUGCUGCGGGGCUACGUGGCCAGGUACCAGCCCUCGGCGACAGCGGCAGGCAGCCGCAGCGGGGCCGGUGCAGGAGCUGCUGCCGAAGGUGAAGCUGGGGCUGAUGAAGUCGUGGCGCAGGCGGAGCGUGCUGGCGGCGGCGUGGGAGGGGCCGCAGUGGCAGGCGAUGGGGCUUUGGCGAUGGACGGCGGCGGCCAUGGCGUUGCUGCCACUGGCCGGGGUCUUGGAGGAGGUGGCGGCGCGGUGGCGGCGCAGCGGCGGCUUACGGAGCUACUGGGGCAGAUCGGCAACCGCGUCGCCGCGGCAGCGGCCCUCCCGCCAAAGCAGCGGCGCCAGCCGGUGGACUCGGCAGCAGGAGCCGCGACGGCGGAUCCUGGCGCUGGUGGUGUUGCAGGCGGAGCAGCAGGCGGGGUGGAGGAUGGAGGGCACGGGGCAGAGGUCGCUGCGGGCGCGGCGGUGGCGCAGCGCUACGAGGCUGCUGUGAUGCGCUUUGCGGCGGACCGCCUCGAGGGCGGCUUUGAUGCUGGCAGGAAGCGGCCACCGCAGAAGCCCACCUUCUCAGCAGCUGCCUCCGGCGCAGCGGGCCACACCGCUGCUGAGGCCGAUUCGCUGGGGGUCCACGCCAGCGGGCAGCACGGCCCUGCGCGUGCCGCCGGUGGAGCUGCCGCCGUGGCGAGGGGUCCCGCUGCCAUGGAUGAAGGGGAGGCUGAGGACAAGCACGAAGAAGAGGUGACAGCGCCAGCGCCGGCAAUGCGCCGUGCACCGAAAGCGGCAGCAAAAACCGUGGUGGCGGGAGGCGGCGCGGCGAGGGGUGGGGCCAUGGGUUCUGCACGUGGUGGCGCGGUCAUUGCAGGCGGCGGCGCUGGCCGGGGGGCUGCUGGAGGCGCUGCUGGCAAAGGGCCUGGGGGUGGGGGUGGGGCACGCCGGCGUUAGGGUGCAUGGGAUGCUGCGCAGUAGCUUCGUCACGCUGGUGGCAGACCAAGGGCUGAGAGAGGGGUGUGCAAUGGGCACGUGCGAAAGGAAAGCCUGGUCGCGGCACAUGCAAUGUGGCGUCAGGUUGACUUGGACAGACUGCGGUUUCCCUAGAUUCCAAAUGUUCAUUGCAUGGUGGGGGUGAUGGGGGGCAGCGGCGUCGGUCGCGGAGGCCGAUGCCGGGAGCUUCGCCGGGAUGCCGGGCGGGAGCUUUUAUUUUUGAGCCCAUGUGCCGUCAUGAUUUCACUCAACGGCUUGACAUCGUCGCAAGGGGCCUAGCCGCGGCAGCCCAAACGGGCGCCCAAGUGCCCAACCCCGCCGACACAGGGUUUCGCCCCAGCCGGACGCCCAGCCGGACAUGACGGCAUGACGCCUCACGGCAUGAACCUCACGUCGUGACGAUCACCGUUCUAAUCCGGCAGACCUAUAGGCAUUUACUAGCUCAUAAUCAUUGUAAAUCGCGUUUGAUAAAACUCGCUGGGAGGCGGAACCGCCCUUCCUAGCUCGGCGAGGUCCCGCCGAUGACCGCCACGAGCGCCUCAGAGCAUCGCAACUAGCUUUGGGACCGCUCGAUCCUCGCACCACCAGCUCGCCGCGGGUUCGAUGGCGGCAAAUCGGCACAUCGACCUAUCCGCUGCCAGCACGAGCGACAGUGGCGACGAUGACAGCGAUAUUGGCACUAAUGCAGCGCCAACGCUAGGUAACCGCUCGCCCACAUCCCCCACGCAAGGUCUCGCAUUACGUGCCGCUGCUCGUGCUGCUACUGGAUGGGACUUCGGUGGGCCACAGCGUGCGGCUGGCCGCUACGGUGCUGAGCUUCACCAACAGCACGUACCGCAUGGCUCUGGAUCUGGGCCUGGACUUCUGGGCUGUCCCCGCACGGCGCCAGCUCGCGCACUGCUCAACAGCGCUGAUAACCUUCAAGGUGCUCGCGACUGUGCUUGUGGAUGGGGCCCAUCCUGAUUGUGUGGGUGGUGUCAUGGCUGCGGGGCGCACUGUUUGUCAUCUGGGCAGCAGCCCUAUAGCUAUGCUCAAGCGCAUUGGCCAGAUCAGUGUCAAGAUGUUGCUGACUUAGCCU